CAUGCUACCCAGCCAGGCAGGGGCUGGGAACGGCGCGGCUGCCCUGCCUCGGAGCUCGGUGAUGGGCAUGGCGCGGACAUCCGCCGGCCGGCCCGGCCCCGGGAUCCCUCGUGGUGCCAACGGCGGCGGUAGUGCAGGAAUCCGGGGCCCCGGCAACGGGACGGGCCCACCUAGUGGGCAGGGGCCGGUCGGGGGUCGCUUCGAGCGGGACCCGGGGGUGGCGGCGGCGGCCAGCGGCAGCGAAGGCGAUUCCGACUCGGGCGAAGAGGAAGAGCUGGGCGGCGACCGGCGUGGCGUGAAGCGGACCUUGGGCGACAUGGAACUGGGGGUGGUGGUGGGGGCGGAGGCGGCGGCGGCGGGCGCGGUGGGGGGCUACGGCGGGGUGAGCGGCGCCGUGAGCGGCGCCAAGCCCGGCAAGAAGACCCGCGGCCGCGUCAAGAUCAAGAUGGAAUUUAUCGACAACAAACUACGGCGCUACACCACGUUCAGCAAGAGGAAGACGGGCAUCAUGAAGAAGGCCUAUGAACUUUCCACCCUAACGGGCACUCAAGUGUUGCUGCUGGUGGCCAGUGAAACGGGCCACGUCUACACGUUUGCCACUCGGAAGCUGCAACCCAUGAUCACCAGCGAGACAGGGAAAGCGCUGAUCCAGACAUGCUUGAACUCUCCGGACUCUCCUCCUCGGUCAGACCCAACCACUGACCAGCGCAUGAGCGCUACGGGCUUUGAGGAGACAGACCUCACUUAUCAGGUGUCCGAAUCGGACAGCAGCGGAGAAACAAAGGACACGUUGAAGCCUGCAUUCACGGUCACCAACCUGCCAGGGACGACGUCAACCAUCCAGACGGCACCCACCACCUCCACUUCCAUGCAGGUUAGCAGCGGCCCCUCGUUCCCCAUCACCAACUACCUAGCACCAGUGUCUGCCAGCGUCAGCCCCAACGCGGUCACCAGUGCCAACGGGACAGUGCUGAAAACCACUGGAACCAGCGCAGUCACUUCUGGAGGGCUAAUGCAGAUACCCACCGGCUUUACGCUCAUGUCAGGUAGUACGGUGGCUCAGCAGGUUCCUGUGCAAACCAUCCAGCUGCAUCAGGCCCCCCAGCAGACGUCUCCUACAACUGACAGCAGCACUGACCUUACUCAGACCUCUUCCAGCGGGACAGUGACCCUGCCAGCGACUAUCAUGACUUCAUCGGUGCCAACCACAGUGGGAGGCCACAUGAUGUACCCCCCUCACACGGUGAUGUAUACGCCUACAUCAGGCCUCACGGAUGCUGGACUCGCAGUUCUCAAUGCUUUCUCUCAGGGGCCAUCAGCAAUGCAGGUUUCACACGGACAGGUCCAGGAGCAGGGUGGAGUCCCUCAGGUGUUCUUGACAGCGCCAUCGGGGACGGUUCAAAUCCCAGUCUCAGCUGUCCAGCUUCAUCAGAUGGCUGUCAUCGGGCAGCAAUCCAGCAGCAGCACCAACUUGACAGAGCUGCAGGUGGUCAACUUGGAUACAUCACAUAGUUCCAAGAGUGACUGAAGACCUCUGAGGACCUGGGAGGGGAAGGGGGAGGAGAGUGUGCACCUGGCACCCACACCUGAAGCAACAGCCGCCAGCUUUGUGCUGCGCACGGCCCCAGGAUCAAGGGUGCUCCUGAAGUUGCACCCCUGGCACCAGGAUUUUGGCGGUCGCUAUUUUUGUACGGACUUUGUCACUUAUUUAUUGUUGCCUUUUUCACGUUUUCUUCUCUCACAAUUUACACACACGCACGCACAGA